UCGCAGUGCGUCCACACUGUAAGUCAUCCAUGUGGCAUCCUUGUUGUGAUUUGGCAGAGAAGUGAAGACAAAAAUUAAGAAACAUGUCGGAGCUAAACAUAGAGUUGAAGAAACUCAGGGAACUGGAACUGAAAACGAAUGGACUAGCUACCCGGCUAAAUUCUGGCACGUCUGAUCAGCUCGACGGCGACUUGGUUCAGCUGCAAAUUGAAAAUAAAAAGCUGAAGCACCGACUGCAGAUUAUCAACAAGUCCAUUGCUGAAGAAUCAACAGGUGCAAAUAGUUGUGCAAAUUGCUCGAUCACCGAGCAUUUGGAGAGUGUGUUUGCGCAAGCAAUCGCACUGGCGUAUCCGGAAUACAGCAAGACUCCUGUGCUGAUAGCUCCCGUCAAUACUGGAUCGGCGAAAUUCGGCGACUAUCAGUGCAACAAUGCCAUGGGCUUGGCGAAGAAGUUCAAGGAGGCCGGCAUCAAUAAGUCCCCGCGUGAAAUAGCCACCGAGUUGCAGCGACACUGCCCUUCAUCGCCCCUUAUAGACAAGCUCGAAGUGGCCGGAGCAGGCUUUGUGAAUGUUUUUCUAAGCAAGGCAUUUGCAGCAGAAGCACUGAGCAGCAUGUUGCGGGACGGCAUUAAACCGCCAUCGGUGCCAAGGAAGCGUGUUUUGGUCGACUUUUCGUCGCCGAACAUUGCCAAGCAAAUGCAUGUUGGUCACUUGCGUUCCACAAUAAUUGGUGAAUCGAUUUGCCGCCUGCUGGAGUUCCUGCAACACGAUGUGUUGCGCAUCAAUCACCUUGGCGAUUGGGGAACACAGUUUGGCAUGUUGAUUGCCCAUUUGGAAGAUCGCUUUCCCAAUUAUCUGAACGAGAGUCCGCCCAUUCAUGAUUUGCAAUUGUUCUACAAGGAAUCGAAACUGCGUUUCGACGAGGACGAGGAAUUCAAGAAGCGUGCCUAUAGUCGCGUGGUGUCCCUCCAAAACGGCACUCCGAACUCCAUUAAAGCCUGGGAACUGAUCUGUAAUGUUUCGCGAAAGGAGUUCCAAACGAUUUAUGAGCGUUUGGAUGUAACCAUCCAGGAGCGUGGUGAGUCAUUCUAUCAAUCCCGUAUGCUGUCCGUGGUGGAGCUUCUGCGGUCAAAGCAUUUACUGGAAACGGAUGAUGGACGGGAGAUUAUGUGGCCGGACGAGACCAAGACGGGAAUUCCCCUGACAAUCGUCAAGUCAGACGGCGGCUUCACCUAUGACACCUCGGAUAUGGCAGCUAUCCGCCAUCGUGUGGAAGAGGAGAAAUGCACCUGGAUAAUCUAUGUGGUGGAUGCUGGACAGAGCACACAUUUCAAUACCAUAUUUAAGGCUGCCGAACGGUGUGCUAUUCUGAAUCCAUCCGUCCACCGCGUCGACCACGUCCAGUUCGGUGUGGUGCUUGGCGAGGACGGCAAGAAGUUCAAGACGCGAUCCGGCGAUACCGUUAAGUUAUCCGACCUGCUUGACGAGGGCAUGAAGCGUUCGUUGCAGCAAUUGGAAAGUCGUGGACGCGAAAAGGUACUCACUCCUCAGGAGCUUAAGGACGCCCAGGAGGCUGUGGCCUACGGAUGCAUCAAAUACGCCGAUCUGCGCCAUAAUCGGGUUGGCGACUAUAUCUUUUCGUUCGAUAAGAUGCUGGACGAUCGUGGUAACACUGCCGUUUACCUACUGUACACAUACACACGCAUUUGCUCAAUUGCCCGAAACUCUGGUGAAGAUUUUACCGAUGUGGCCAAGGUGCUGAGCACCGUUAGCAUUGAAUUGGGCCACGAAAAGGAGUGGAAGCUGGCGAAGACUCUUUUGAAAAUGCACGACAUAUUUAUCAAGUGUUCCAAGGAGCUCUUCCUGCAUUUCUUGUGUGAAUUCUGCUAUGAGGUAUGCGCUGUGUUUACCGAGUUCUACGACAGUUGUUAUUGCAUCGAACGAAACAAGGCUGGCGAGAUUAUCGGAGUGAAUCGCAGUCGAAUUCUGCUGUGCGAGGCCACAGCGGCCGUAUUGAGGCAGAGCUUUCAUAUUUUGGGCUUGAAGCCCGUUGUGAAAAUGUAGGGAUUUCAUAUUCAAAUAAUGGACUAAAGGAUUGUAAACGAAUAAAGCCAACCAACCGAUUAA